UAGAGAGCUGCAUCACACCCGACAAGGUCAGCCAUCUCCAGAAAGACAGAGUCCAGUGUUUUGUGAUAGCAAGCUGGUGAUUCCUGAAUAACAAACUAAAAGGCUGUUGGAUAAGGAGAUGGAGAACCAGCCGAACAGACAGGGACAAUGUGAGUUUGAGGGAGUUGUCGUUUACAUCUCAGAUGAGGAGUUGGUUUGUGUAAAAGAAGAAGAGGAGGAUCUGAUGACCCCUCCAAUUAUAUCGGUGAAUGAGGGAGAAGAAGAGCUUGACCUGUGUGUCCACCAAGAUAGCGCAAUGAGCAGAAAUUAUCCUGAAGGACAUCAUAAAAACAGAAACUCACUAAUUGAGUGUGUGAAGAAAUCUGUUCGACUAAGGACCGAUGCUUCAAAAUCACAAGAGCCAGGAUCUCCCUCUGAAUCUUCCAUGUCUAAACCUCAGAUAAUAACUAUAGUAAAGAAACCAUUUUCCUGUUUUGAAUGUGGGAAAUCUUUCACUAGUAAAUCAAAUCUUGUUACACAUAGGAGAACUCACACAGGAGAAAAACCGUUCUCAUGUUCUAAAUGUGGCAAGUGUUUUAGCCAACACUCUCAUUGUGUUGCACAUCAGAGAUCUCACACAGGAGAGAAACCUUUCUCCUGUUCUGAAUGCGGGAAAUGUUUUAGCCGACAUUCAAUUCUUGUUAAACAUCAGAGGUCUCAUACAGGAGAUAAGCUUUUCUCAUGUUCUAAAUGUAAGAAGCGUUUUGCCUUUCAUUCAGAUCUUGCUAUACAUCAGAGAACCCACCCAGGAGAGAGAUCUUUUUCGUGUUCUGCAUGUGGAAAAUCAUUUAACUUUAACUCAGAUCUUGUAAAACAUCAGCGAACUCACACUGGAGAGAAACCAUUUUCAUGUUCUGACUGUGGGAAAUGUUUUAGCCUGCAUUCAAGUCUUGUUAAACACCAGAGAACUCACACGGGAGAGAAGCCGUUCUCAUGUUCUGAAUGUGGGAAAUGUUUUAGCCAGCAAUCAAGUCUUGCUACACAUCAAAGAACUCACACAAGUGAUAAGCCUUUUUCCUGUUCUAAAUGCAGGAAAUGUUUUAUCUCUAAAUCGGAUCUUGUAAAACAUCUGAGAACUCACACAGGAGAGAAGCCUUUCUCAUGUUCUGAAUGUGGAAAAUGUUUCAGUCAACAUGCACAUCUUGUGAGGCAUCAGCGAAUUCACUCAGGAGAUAAACCUUUCUCAUGUUCUCAUUGUGGGAAAUGUUUUACCCAACAUUCAGAUUUGGUGAAACAUCAGCGAACUCAUGCAAAAUCAAACCCUUUGUCAUGUUGACAGGGUUUCUAAAGUGAAAAUACUAUUAUGUGUGUUUUUUUCAGUUUAAAACAAAAAUUCAGUGAUCUAUGGGUAAUAUAUAUAUAUUUUAGAACACAAUGGUUUGGAGAGCCCAGUGAGUGUAAAGACAAGCUCUACUUAUUUUCAAUACUCUCCAUUAUGCAUGAUUGUGGCAAUUUUUGAGUGUGGUUGGGAAAGCAGACACAUAUUGUGUUCUUGACUUGUAUCUCUGUUUAUUGAUAGUUGUAAAUGUUCUCUUAAUGCAUUGUUGAUGUCAUUGCAUGCUCUGAAAUGAUCUAUCAGGACAAAUUGGGUGAGCUUUUCACAUUUGUUAGAUAAACUUUUCAGAUGAUUUAUCUACAGAAGUCACAAUUGGAGUGAGUUUUUCUAAUGGAUUAUGAUUAUUUGAAAAUCGUAUCCCAAAGGCCAAUGUAAGGAAUGGCACCUUAAGGGUGUUUCAUCCCAAACCAACUUGUAAAUCAAAGGCACAUU